AUGGCCGAUGUGUUCAGCCAGGCGGGUCGCGUCGGGCCAGACCUUCAGAUCCUCCAUGAGCGCGCCGAAGCCAUGGCUUCUGGUGGUAUCGUCAACGACCGUAAAUAUACCAUCGAGCAUAUUAUUCAACUUGCGGCAUCGCUCCCGAACGGAUCGAAGCUUCGAGACACGCUGUCUGACCAGUUUAUCAAAACGCUGUGGAAUAACCUGGAGCAUCCACCGCUCUCCUAUCUGGGGGAUGAGUAUAAAUAUCGCACUGCCGAUGGCUCCAACAACUUAGCUCUUAUGAAGCGUGACGGUCCUUCUAAGGACCAUCCCGCUAAGAUUUCGAGCACGCUUUUUCAUUUUGCGACAGUUAUUAUCCAUGACAUAUUCCGCACGGAUGAGAAAGACACGACUCGGUUGAAAAACUCGUCAUAUCUUGAUCUUGGUCCGCUCUACGGACAUGAUGGAGAGCAGCAAGAAAGGGUUCGGGAGUUUAAAGACGGCCGGCUCAAGAAAGAUGUCUUUGCUGAAGAGCGGGUGUUAGGCCAACCUCCCGGUGUUUGCGCUCUACUUGUUGCUUUCAACCGUUUCCACAAUUACGUGGUUGGAGAGCUAGCCAUAAUCAAUGAACGAGGCCGCUUCACAUUGCCAGAGGGUAUGACCCAGGGGAGUCCGGAAUAUAAGAAGGCUCAGCUCAAGCGCGACAAUGAUCUGUUUCAGACUGGUAGACUCAUAACUUGUGGUCUCUAUGUCAAUAUAAUCCUCAACGAUUAUUUAAGGACGAUCCUUAACCUGAAUGAAAAUCCCAAGGACUCGGAUUGGAAGUUGGAUCCUCGCCAGGCUCUCGGUGUCUUCGAUUCAACCGGCGUUCCAAGGGGUGUGGGAAAUCAAGUAAGCGCUGAAUUCAACGUAAUCUAUCGUUGGCACCCUGCAAUUAGCAACCAUGACGAGGAAUGGGCCAAAGGGUUUUUCAAAGAAGUUUUUGGAGAUAUCGAUCCGAAUAAGCUCACUUUGACGGAAUUCCGCGCCGGGAUCUGGAAGUGGACACAAAGUCUACCAGAAGAUCCCGCAAAGUGGGAGUUUGGAGGUCUGAGACGCCAGGCUGACGGAGCUUUCAAAGAUGCCGACCUGGUUAAGCUUCUCCAGACAAGCACUGAAGUUGUUGCCGUGUCGCAAGGCAACUUUGGUGCACGCAACGUACCAGCCGUGAUGAAGGUUAUUGAAGUGCUUGGAAUCGAACAAGGACGAGAAUGGGGGCUUGCAACCCUCAAUGAGUUCCGGCUCUUCUUCAAGCUAAAGCCGCACGAAACAUUUCUGGAAGCACUGUAUGGCAACCCAGACGACAUCGAGCUGUAUCCAGGAAUUUACGCGGAAGACGCGAAGGUUCCUCUCUCGCCUGGGUCCGGCCUUUGCCCUGGGUUUACCAUCUCGACCGCUAUUUUAUAUGAUGCGGUAGCACUGGUGAGGGGCGAUCGGUUUUAUACAGUCGAUUACAGCCCCGAAAAUCUGACAAGUUUUGGGUACAACGUUGCAAACUCAUCGUUUGACGUUGCCAAGGGGGGAGUCCUGUAUAAGCUCUUGAUGCGUGCUCUGCCGGGCUGGUAUAGACCGAACUCAGUCUACGCCCUCUUUCCAUUCACGAUACCGGAGAAAAAUCGUGAGAUUUUUGAACAAUUGGGUACCGUAGACGAGUAUAGCUAUGACGCGCCGUCUUUCAUUGGGCCACCUAUCCCCGUUAUCACAUGGCGGGGAGUGGUAGAUGUCCUUAGCAACCAGGAUAGGUUCAAGGUUCCUUAUUCAGGGGGACCACACACGUACCAACUCACGAAACAUGACUAUAUGCUCAGUGGCGACUCAGAAGCCAAUGCAGAGCAGAGAGAUUUCGUUCGAAAGUGUCUUUUUGACCCCAAGGAUGCUCUGGGCCAAGUUCGAGAAUUUUAUGAGGAGGUCACGAUGAACUUCCUACAGAAGCAUAGCCGAAAAGCGGGAGAUCUCUACCAAGUGGAUGUUGUGCGCGACAUCGGGAAUCUUGUGCAUGCCAACUUUGCAGGGCAUUUCUUCCAGAUUCCGCUGCAAAGCGCUGGCGGUGGAUCGGAUACAUAUACGGAGCAAGAACUGUAUGAUGCGUUGGCGCAUCUGUUCGCGUACGUAUUCCUCGAUGUUGACCAGGCCAUGUCAUUCCAGCGGAGCGCGGUUGCGAGGAGGGAUUCGCAGCGACUCGGACGGCUGGUGAAGGAGGCUGUUACCGGGGUUCAAGCUGGCCACUUUUUCAUCUUAAAGCAAUUCCUGGAGCACUCAAAGAAAGACGUUCUCAAUGACUAUGGGGCCCGUUUGGUGGAGCGGCUGUCUGGUCCGGGGAAGACUGCAGAUGAAGUAACAUGGACCCUUAUUCCCACGGCGGCGGCAGCAGUCGCAACCCAAGCGCAAGGAUGGGCCCAACUUAUCGACCUGUACAUGUCGGAUAAGUAUUACUCCUACUGGCCGGUGAUCCAAAAGCUCUCCCGAUCAGACGCGCCUGAAGAUUUCGAGACGCUGAAAAAAUAUGCACUCGAAGGGCUUCGUCUGGCGACCCCUGCCUUUGGCGUGCUUCGCACGGCUGCUACCGACGGCACGGUCAAAUAUGGGGACCGCAAGGUGUCAUUUAAGGCGGGCGACGUGAUAUUUGCAGAUUUUACGGCCGCUGGGACCGAUCCAUCGAAAUUCCCGGAACCCGAUGCGAUCAAACCCGACCGGCCUGAUGAAAGUUAUAUCCACCACGGCUGGGGCGCCCAUGCGUGCCUGGGACGACCGUUUGUGACCGUAGCUGCGGCUAGUAUGCUUCGAGUAUUCGGAAGACUGGAUAAUGUGAGAAGGGCGCCUGGCCCGGCUGGAGAGAUGAAGAGCAAGGCGGAAGGAGGGGCAUUCAGGGUGUUCCUGACGCCCGACGGAACGGAAUGGAACCCGUUUCCCUGCACAAAGAGAUUGCUAUUUGACGGCUUUGGCGAAAGGGCGGAAUGA